UUUUUCUCAUUAGACGCCGGCCUGUCUGCCCGAUAACAUCGCGCUUGGUAAACUUCUGUAGAUUUCGCGAGGGUUAUUCAGCUUAAGAAGUGUGUAUAGUGACGAAUAAAAUAGCAUAAAAGAAACUACAGUGAUUGAUUCCUUAAAUUUUGUGCUGAGAGAAGAGUGAUUCGCGUAGUGACGGUUGAUCAAUAGGAUUUAGGUCGUGUUUUUAUUGCAGUAUGUAUUUAUUCAUAUCUUCAACACUUUGACAGUUUGCGGACAGUGCUAAGCGUAUGUGUAAUUUGCGAGCCUAUGUUGAAGGAUACUUCACGAAUGUUGGAAGUGAACAGGCGAUGAUUACCGGUUUACUUUGAACAAAACAGGUGUGCACAAAAGAAACCUUUCAUCGCUAACUGCAAUUAGUGCACAGGAUAUGAUUAUUCUAUAAGAAGAACGAAAAACUGUUCGCGGUUUGUUGGACGCAAGAAGUAAUUCAUUCGAUCGUUGAUUCAUCACUAAUGUAAUAUAUGGACCUACUAUUAAAUAAAUAUCUCCGGUUUUAACAGUCAUGUGAGAUAUACAUACUCAAUAUGGAUAAUUGAGUACAUCCAAUAGCUGAUAUCGAACAUCACGCAAUCAGGAUUUUUCAAAACUUUGGGGUUUAAUUGACUCCGGCUGACGACAUACCCAUCACAAACGACAAGCUGUUUUUGUUCCAUAACCCGAACGAUUUCCAUAAAAAAAACUCACAACAGCGGUACGUGGAAGAAAAAGUUUUUAUGCCAUCAAUUAGGAAAGUGAAAAGAAAGAAUAAUAAGGCACGAGUGAUGGCAACACCCGGUGAUAAGAUUCGAAGCGCAUUGAGCCUUCUGCCGGCGGUCAUCUUAUUUUGCAACAUGGUCGGGGAAAGUGCUCAAACUUGCCUUAAUGGAGGAAUCCUGCUGAAGUCCGGCCUGGAACCGUCCGAUAAGUAUGAUAUACUGGAAGAGCACAACAAAUUGCGACAGGCUGUGGCACAGGGACUUAUACCUGGGCAACCUGGAGCAGAAAAUAUGCUGGAAAUGCAAUGGGACGACGAGCUGGCAUCGAAGGCACAAGAAUGGUCGGAACAGUGUGUAUUCAAGCAUGAUCCAAAAAAGCGAUUAGGUCGUUUUACGAUGGGACAGAAUUUGGCUCUUAUCUGGAGCAGUGCUUCACUUGAUGAUGAUCGAGAUAGUGAUUUUCCCGGGCGAAUACGAAAAUGGUUUGACGAGGUCAAAAAAUACUCAUUUGGAGCUAGGUUUUCUCUGGCCACUGGACACUAUAUGCAGCUUGUGUGGGCUGAAACGUUUCUGAUUGGAUGUGGAUAUUCCUACUACUACACAGGCAACAAGUAUAAUAAAUUGUACGUCUGCAACUAUGGGCCUGCGUGAGUAUACACUAUUGUUACCUGAUUCAAUGAUAUCGAUUACAUAUUUGACAUUUUCGUCUUGUAUUCACACUUACAGUGGCAACGUCACCCGGCUUGUGAACAUCAUGGUUUGCAGAAAUCCCACACCUAUCCAAGCCUUUGUCUGCCGGGAGAACGGGAUCCGUACCAUCAUGAUAAUACGAUUCCUCAGAAUUACUAUUCUUAUCAGACCUCAACUAAUAAUCAUGAAAACCAGCACUACACAUCUGCAUCCACUCCUAUGGCUGUGUUUACAACUAUUGCCAGUGGGUUGAGCCAUCAACUGCACGACAAUCGUAUCCUGUACAAUCUCGUAUUUGAUCAGCACAAACAGCAGCAGCACUUUCAGCCAGCUCCUCCGAUAUCACAUCAGCAAACAUACCCCUACCAUCUACCGAACCCAUUGGCACCCAUAACGACAGUCGGCGCAGCUCUACUUAAACCAACCAACGUCCUGAAAUCGCCUUUCCUAACAUAUCGAUGGGAUUUGCUGUUCAAUUUUCUACACUGAAAUUAAAGAUAUUGUUGCAAGAUGUGUCAGACCGGGGGCUUUUCCCAAUGGAAAUUAUGUGUCAAUCUUUUGCUUCAUUGUAGCUGCACCUGGAUACAUUGAAUCGUAUUUGAUUUGGGAAAGCAUAAUAAUGCUUCGGAUGCUCGAAAAAGGAAAUUUUGACCACCUUCUUGCAACAAAACAGAUCAGUAGGAGAACUUUUUCAAAUGCUAAAACCAAAUACAAGUAGCAGCAAUCGCUUUCGAAGUAGCUCCAAUAAUCCCAACGUCCGGUAAAGCUUCGUUUGAUUCAACGAGACCAGUUUGUGUUGUGCGGUAUAACCGUUCCAUUCAUCCACCUCGCUCCGUAAUCGCUACCGAAGGCAAACAGAGCUGGGCAAAAGAUCAACAUAGACUACAAAAUACUGUCAAGUGCUAAACCUCAUUCUUAUUGCAGUGUUGCGGCGGCAAAGCAGUGACAAAAGAUUACCCCUACCAGGACUAGUCCGAUUUUCUGCCACCCACUCGUCGAAUCGAAACGAACUUGGAAAUGGCUUAUUUACUUGCAGAGCUGGGAGAAAUAAUAAUUAGAUCGAAAACCUUGAAAGCGUUAUCUUUCGAUAGGUUUCGAUGAGACUAAGAACUAAAAGUAUGAGAGGAGAAUGAUUCUGUCGAUAAACAAUCGGCAAACAAAUAGCUCAAUCACAAAUAAAUUAUUGAAUUAGGAACUGCUCGUCGCUUAAUUUAGACAUGUUCAAGCUAUUUGAAUGUUUCUUGCAGUGGGUUCAUAUUCAUCUUUUGAAUAUACAUAUAAUGACUGUACAAAUAUUAGAGCUUCUAGUUAAUGGAAAAGUGCUACCAACGUGCCAAAACUUCGAUUGACUGAGUAUCGAUAUCGUUAAGUCUGAAACUGUGGUGGAAGUCGUGUACUGCACUGGAUUUGCAUGCUAGAGUCAAAGCGCGGUCUUCGUAUGAAGUUUAUUUGACCCUCUCUUCGAAAAUGCAGCUUUAUUGCGAUUUCAAUGCAGUAGACUUCAUUAAUUGAUAGCGGUAUUAUAAAAAAUGUAUG